AGGCCGUGACUUCUGAGUCGUUUGGAGUCGUUUGUUGUGUCCUCCUGUCAACACACACACACACACACACAAAACCCCUAAAAACGAUGCGAUGAUGAAGAACAACUAAUUCUCAUAGACGAAUUGGCAUCAAUGCAUCAUAUGAUAAAGCAAACUUGUUGUGGUUGAUUUCAGUAGGAAUUACAACAACCGAAAUGUCACAGAGCAACCCUACAAGUAAUGCGAAUGUACCGGUGAGCGAAGUAUACUGGUCACUCGUUGCUAAAGCCGACAAGAAGUUCUCCAAAAUUAGGGAUCUGCCUUAUUACGAGCGCAACAGGUAUGAUACAUAUUUCUACAAGGUAUUCAAGGUUUAUACACAGCUGUGGAAAUUUCAACAAGAAAAUCGGCACAAGCUUGUGGAAGCAGGGCUUAAGCGAUGGGAAAUAGGCGAUAUUGCAUCCCGAAUAGGGCAGCUUUAUUUCGGGCAGUAUAUGAGAACAAGUGAAGCCAGUUAUUUAUCCGAGUCAUAUAUCUUCUACGAAGCUGUGUUGACCAGGGAGUAUUUCAAAGACGGAAUACUACAGGAUCUGAACCUCGCCAACAAACAACUGAGAUUCUUUGCAAGAUUCUUGACUGUUUGUUUGGUUAUGAACCGACGGGAAAUGGUUUAUCAGCUGGUGAAUCAGCUUAAGACAUUAGUUGCAGACUGCAAGAGGACAUUUCAGGACACUGACUUUAAAGAAUGGAAGCUGGUGAUUCAAGAAAUAACAAAAUUUCUUAAAGUGGACACAACUUCUAUGAAUGUAAGACCUUUAAGAUACAGUCUCACGUUAGAUCUCCAUCCCGAUAGCCUGCCACUUGUUGUCAAUGCCAAAAGAAAGCUAAAACUCGGAGAUGCCAUACUUUGCAGCUACCAUCCUAACGAGGUCAAGUUCUCUGAGCUCACUCUUGAUAGCUUCAGAAUGCUUCAGUGUUUGGAAUGGGAACCCAGUGGCUCGUUCUACAAAGUAAGUGGAACCGCGUCUACUGGUGGUCAAGGUGUUAGUUAUUCUCAGGAGAUUUCUGAUCCUACACUGCCACCGAACCCACGUAAAGCUGUCUUGUAUCGUCCAUCCAUCACUCAUUUUUUGGCGGUUCUGGCCACUGUGUGUGAGGAGCUUCCUUCUGAUGGCGUUCUCUUACUCUACUUAUCUGCUUCAGAGUACACCGUCAAUAACGUACAGCCUUGCGAUGACACAACAAAAUUCUCAGAGAUAAAUGUUAUGAACUGCUCUGGUUACCAUUCUGGAGGCAUAAAUCUUGGUGCGAAAGGAAAUGGAGGUUUGAAUCUGAUUUAUCCUUGUGACUUGCUUCCAUUUAUCAGAAGGCCACUUUUUCUUGUUAUUGACAGUGGCAACAGUAACGCUUUUAAGGCAUUAAGCACAGCAGUAAAAGGAGAGUCAGUUGCAAUGCUCCUAUCUCCAAGCUGUUCAAGUCCUAUUCACGGUGCAAUAGAUCCUCACCAGCCAAGUGGAAGCCAGUUUACAAGUUUUUUGACAGCCCCAUUGCAGGCGUUUCUCAACUUACUUGGCUUCUCAGGUUCUGACAUCCAGAUGGAUCAGCUCAACAAGGCUGAGAAGGUUCUUUCCGCAUCGUUAAAUCUAUGGGGAGAGAUUUUGGCAUCUUCAGACGCUCUUCAUCCUGUUUGGGCUCAAAUAUUAGGUGAUCCGUUUCUUAGACGACUGCUUUUAAGGUUCAUAUUUUGCCGAGUGGUAUUAGCACUAUACGCUCCCACAUUCAACAAAAAGGAAUAUCUUCCAGAUUGUUCACCCGCUCUCCCUGAUUCUGUGCUACCAACGACGCACUCAUCUAUCACAGCAGUUCAACAAUUGGCCGACAUUUUUGAUACAGCAUCCAUGUUUAAUAUGUCAGAAGGGUUCAAUGCAACCCUAUAAUUAAUUUGUUUCAUAUCAUCCGGGAAGUGUAGAAUGUGUAAGUUCUCAUAUUUUCGUGAUCCUUACUCUGCUUGAAUUGGUAGCAAAUCUUCUGCGUCUUUUUUCGCCUCUAAUGUAUGUACAUCAAGAAUUUUGAAUAGUGUGGGAAUACAGGAAGUUGAAUGGUAAAUUCUGUAAGUUUAACAUGGUAUCCAUGUGUUA